AUGAAGAACCUUCGUAAGCUCUUCCUGGCGGGGAAGGGGGCGCGCUCGGAGCUGGAUAAGUACCUGUCCAGCGAGGUGCCCCCCGCGCUGCCCGACAAGAAGUACCGCCGGGACAGCGCCUCGGUGGUGGACGAGUUCUUCUCCACAGAGAAACCCCCUUCCACGCCCUACAGCGUCAACAUCAACGUGAUCCUGCCGGACACCACACACCUGCGCACGGGGCUGUACCGGCCCCCCCGGGCCCUGCCGCCCUUCCCGCCCGUCAAAGCCGAGCCCGGCACCGGCUUCGCCCAGCCCUGCUCCUCCUCCUCCACGCAGACCCUGCCCGACUUCACCAGCGUCUUCAGCAUGCCCCAGUCGGUGGCAGUGAACAACAUCUUCAUCAAGCAGGAGAUGCCUUCCGAGAUCCCCUUGUCCACCCACGCCCAGCAGUCCCAGCUGUACCAGCUGCCCCUGGGCGGCGGGAGCGCUGACAUGGCCACGCUGACCUCCUCCUCCGGCAGCACCACGGCCAUCAACAGCCUCACUGGUGUCACCAUGUCCACAGGCAGCGCCGUGUCCAGCGUGGUCCACAGACCCAUCCAUCCAGGGGGGCCAGUGAAGCAGUACCCACACGUCUCCCAGGGACAGGGGAACUUCAGCAUCUCCGGGCAGUUCUAUGCCGCUCCAGGGGUGAACCUGCCCCCUUCGCCCCCAAACUCGCAGCCUGGCAGCCCAGAAAAUCAACCUGAGCUCAUCAACACCAUCUCUCCCCCGCCAUCCUACGAAGCCACUUUUGGACUGAAGUUGGUCCAGUCAUCCCAGGCCCCCCCAGUCCCCAAUGGCCUCGGGACCCUCUCCCAAGGGCACAUUGUCAUGCAGCCCCCCAAAUACAACAGACGCAACAACCCUGAGCUGGAGAAAAGGAGGAUCCAUCACUGUGAUUACCCAGGUUGCUCAAAAGUUUAUACCAAGAGCUCCCACCUGAAGGCACAUCAGAGGACUCACACAGGUGAGAAGCCCUACAAGUGCACGUGGGAGGGCUGCGACUGGCGCUUCGCCCGCUCGGACGAGCUGACCCGGCACUACCGCAAGCACACGGGGGCCAAGCCCUUCAAGUGCGUGGCCUGUGGCCGCUGCUUCUCCCGCUCCGACCACCUGGCCCUGCACAUGAAGAGGCACCAGAACUAG